ACGAUUUUGUUUAUUUUUUUCUUAAAGGAGAAAAAAUUGUAUGAAGUCUGUUGACACCAACCAUUUCCCACUCCGACCUGCCCACAUCCGCCGCCAUGGACCCUCCAUUGCAACGCUCAUGUUUGACCCGUCACCCUGUCGCAUUUGCUUCGUGCUCCAUCGGUUUGCCUCGGCACACUCUCCAUCAAAAGAUCGAGGCUAUCAAGGAGGCAGGCUUCGAUGGGAUCGAGCUCUCAUUUCCGGAUCUCCAAGCGUUUGCCAGCCGGCAUUUUGGGCGUGACAUCGCCGAGGAUGAUUAUCGAUCGCUGUGCGAGGCCGGCAAGGCGGUAGGGACCAUGUGCGCGGGACACGGCCUACGGGUGCUCGUCCUGCAACCCUUUUCCAACUUUGAGGGGUGGCCGGAAAGGAGCGAGGAGCGCAGGGAGGCCUUUGCCAGGGCCGAGGCGUGGAUCGACAUCAUGGCGGCCGUCGGGACCGACAUGCUCCAGGUCGGGUCGUCCGACUUGCCGGCCAUGUCGCGGGACCCGGACCAGAUCGCCGCCGACCUGGCGCGGCUGGCAGACAUGCUGGCCGCCCGGGGGUUCCGCCUUGCCUACGAGAACUGGUGCUGGGCCACCUGCGCCCCGACCUGGAAGGAUGUCUGGGCCAUUGUGCAGAAGGCCGACCGACCCAACAUCGGCCUGUGCCUCGACACCUUCCAGACGGCCGGGGCCGAGUGGGGAGACCCAACAACGGCAUCCGGGAGGAUCGAAACGGGAGGAGUGACGGCAGAGGAGCUCUCGCAGCGGUAUGCUGCCAGCCUCGCCGAGCUUGCCCGCACCGUGCCGGCCGACAAGAUUUACUUUCUCCAGAUCAGCGACGCUUACCGCCUCGACCCUCCGUUGGAUCCCACACCAUCCUCGACGUCUGGUCUCCGGCCUCGAGGGCAAUGGAGCCACGAGCACCGCCCGCUGCCGUAUGACGGCGGGUAUCUGCCCAUCAAGGAAUGUGUACGGGCGGUGCUCGCGACCGGGUUCAGUGGUUGGAUGACCAUCGAGGUGUUUGACGGCAGAUUCGAGCACAAGUACGGCGACGACAUGAGACGGUUUGCCAAGAAGGCAAAGCAGGCCUACGAGCGACUGCUCAAGGAGGCUAGGGCCGGUUAAAUAAUAUCUCGUGGUGAUCUUCAUUUUUUUUCCCCUUUUCCUUUUCUUUUUUAUUUUUCUUAUGUACGAACUAUUUACACGAAGCCUCCCAAACUGGUCACACCAUAAGCUCAGAGCUUGGGUAACCUU